CGUGCUGUUUGACCGCGAAAAGGUAUCAAAUAUUCUGUUUAUUUCCGAGAAAAAUGGCUUCAGCGCUUGAAAGCUACGUAAACCGUAUGGUGUCAAUUGUAACUGCUGAUGGGCGAAUUAUUGUGGGUACACUGAAAGGAUUUGACCAGACAAUUAACUUGAUUCUUGAUGAGAGCCAUGAACGAGUGUACAGCUCAUCACAAGGGGUAGAACAGGUUGUGCUAGGACUCUACAUUAUAAGGGGAGAUAAUGUAGCAGUGAUAGGAGAGCUAGAUGAUGACACAGACAAUGGCUUAGAUUUUAAUAAUAUUCAUGCAGAACCUCUGAAUGCCGUGACCCACUAACACCUGUGUGGCAGUCUGACUUAAUCACAACCAAUGGCAGAAAGCGCAUGUUGUCAAGCAGACUAGGAAACAGGGGAGACAACUGGAUCAGCCCAGAUAGAGGAACAUCAUGCUAUGUGAUGACAACGCAGGUUACUCAGUACUUGCACUUGAAGACUUCUUUCACCUAUAAGUAUGACAGAUGAAUUCCUGUCCAUGCAUACUAAUAAUAUAUGUGUAUAUAAUCAGAAACUAGCAGAAUCAUGUCAGAAUGGAAUGGAGAUGUCAUAAAACUAUCAAAACUUGUGAAAGUCUGCACUGAGGAUUAUGGUACCUUGGGGAAUCCUUGUGGAAACAUUAAAAAUGUAUGAAGUAAUGUUCGCUGGGUCAGUAUGCCUCAUUAUUCUUGACCUCUGUAAGUAGACUCUACAGGUGACAUUAUUGCAUUAGACUACUCAGAUAUGUCUGUGAGAGCAGUGUUAUUUUGUCUACAGGCUCAAUUCUAGGCUGAUAUGAAUGUUUCUUCACUGUUGAGGAAGAAGGAAAAUAUUGGGUAUCUUUUUCACAUGUGUACAGGUGUUCAUUCUCAUGUACACAACUUGUUCAAGCAGUAUGUAGAUUUAAUACUUUAGCACUGGGUAUUGAAUACAUGCAAUACUCCAUUUGUGUAUGGUAUGCCAUUGCAUUUCAAGUACAUUACUAUGUCUUUUUAAUUGAAGAAAGACAAGUUUUAUUUAAGAUACAUGUAGAUCUGCUUAACUUCAGUUUUGAUUUUUUCCUCUUCUUAAGAAUUUUGCUGGGAAUUUGACAGUGCAUGUGAAAGUGAAAAGGAAAGCACCUAACCUGAGAGCUAAUACUUGUAUAACACCAUCACAUCUGUAAAUAACCAUUGUGAUCGUUAUUUAGUUCAUUGUAAAUUAUUUUGUAUAAAUAAAGAACAUAUUAAUCUUAAUACUAUUCUGUUUGCAAUAGUCCUCUUGGUGUGGAAUUUUUGGACAACUUCAGUCUUGCAAGUUCAGCUACAUGGCUAUCAUUACCCAAUGGCAUUUGUCAGGUACAUGUUGCAAAAAAAACCCUCAAGGCUGUGCCCUAUACACAGACGGUCACUAAUGUGAAAUAUUUUUCAGUAUGAUGCAAAACACCAGUCCAAGAAGCAAUUUAUGAAAUUCAGCUGGAGUUUUCAGAUUUCUGACAGUGGAACAGCUUACCUUGAGACCAGAGAAGCUAAUUGCUUUUUUGAGACUUUGGUCUCUUGCCUCAGUGCUGUGCUAGCUGUGAAAUGAUUGCUUCGUGAAUUACACAUACAAAUUCAUAAUAGAUAGCUUGUGAUGCCCUGUUUCAUUUCCCUGGUUUCUUAUUGAUGGUAGCAUCUGUUUGCUGACAAAUGCAGUUAGCAGCCAGGAAACAUGCAUUCUAGUAAAUGAUGUCAGAAGUCAUGAGUGUAUGAGGUUGGAUAGAGAAGGUGGAACAACGACCAAGUCCUCUAACAAACCAGUGCAGACUGAAGAAGCAGCUCAGUAAAACCACUAAGAAAAAAAAAAACAAAUUAUUUCAAUGUUUCUAACUUUUUAUUUCUAUUUCUUACAAAUAGCAUUGGGAACUACAGCAUCUAUUCAUAAACAGGACAUGACUAAGCACGGCAGAUACCUUUUUUUUUUUCAUGGAAGAGGGAAUCCCCUCUUAAUUAACUGCAGUUCUUUGUAGGUGAACAAGGCAAAUUAAACUUUCAUGAAUCCAGAAUGAAAAACCGCAUAUUCUUCAAAACAUACAAGAUGUUAAAAAAAAUAACAAAAGCUUCAAAAGCUUGUGUUUUCUUUUUGUAAAAGUUCUUCAGAUGUUUACCAUUUGAUGUUUUGAAGUGUUUUCAUAGUUUUCUUUUGCACCACACGAACUAGCCUAAGACAAUCUAUAGAGCAAUGAGAUAUUCCUUAUAUACAUUAUUACAGGUACAUAUGGCCAUGACAUGUAUAAUGGUUUAUGUGGUGAUCUAAGAUGAAAUACUUGAACAAAAAAAUACCUGUACACAACUGGUAUGUGAACUAUGAGCCUUGUAAUGUGUCAAAAUCAAACACCAAAUAAAAGUACUGAACAAGGAAUGACCAAAAGUUAUAUUCAGUGAAAUUAUACAUGUAAGGAAAAUAGUAUACACCUAUGGUUGCAUAACGGACACACUUGUACACAGACAAUUCUUGGUAGGAUGAGAACGAUUCUGUUCAUGUCUGUCCAACCAUGAUAAACACAAAAUUACAUUGUUCACCUUUUUCUUUUUUUUCUUUUAACACUUGACUAAUUUAAACUUCAUUCUGCAAAACAUGUGUUUAGUUCAUAUUCUCCAAAACCUCUAAUGCAUUUGCUAUAUAAAUAGAAACGCUAAAAUUUCAACUUCAGUGCAUAUUGCUUCUAUUCAACAGUCCGUCACUUCUAUAUCACAAUUUGAAGUUAAUUUCUAUGUAAAAAAUCCUGAAAAAUUUCAUUAUUUUCAAGACCUUUGUCUACA